CAGCCCGCCCCGCGCCUUCUCCUCCUUUCUACCGGCAGCCCAGCAGAGUACAGACUAGAGUGCCGAGGCGCACAAAAAAAUAGCACCGCCACCACCACACGCAGCAGUUUCUGGAAGGCCCCCGCGUGCCCUUAAAGGCGCCGCGCGCGCCGGUCGCCUCCCCCUGGCCUCUCGCCCGUUUUAAUCACCGUCCAGCCCGGUGGCAGUUAAGCCGGCCGCGCCCAAUCGCCCGUUCCGCCACCACCGCGGCUCCGCUCCCAUCCAGGCGCGCCCUGCUGUGCUCAACCUGCUGCUCUUCCUCUUAUUCCCUCCCCACAGGGAGGGGUCUGCCAGGUUCAGUCGCCGGCCGUGCUCGCCUGAUCCUCUUCCUCGCCCGGUUCUGAGAGAGCCGGGGGAGCGGGAGCGGGAAGCCCCCGCUCGAUCGAGCUUCGUUGCCGCGGGCGUUUGACGAUGUCAUGUGGCCCCUCUGCAUCAUCUCCGAGAAGCUCUUCAAGAUGGCGGGCGACGACGACGGCGGCGGGCAGGGGCCGGGCUCGCCGUCCGCCGACGGCCAGAUUCCUCUAGCACGCCGAUCGUACUACGUCGAUGUUCCACAUGUGCAGCAGGCCUUCACCUGGGACUGCGGCCUCGCUUGCGUGCUCAUGGUGCUCAGGACGCUGGGGAUCGAUUGCUGCGACGGCAUUGCCGAUCUCGAGAGGCUCUGCCGCACCACAAGCGUUUGGACAGUCGACUUGGCGUAUCUGUUAAACAAAUUUGCUGUUAGCUUUUCUUUCUUUACUGUGACUAUUGGAGCAAAUCCGCAAUAUUCUGCUGAAACCUUCUAUAGGGAGCAAUUGGAAGAAGACAUCGACCGGGUCGAUGAGCUAUUCGGGAAGGCACUUGAUGCUGGAAUUAGUAUUCAAUGCAGAUCCAUCAGCGCAUAUGAAAUUGCCUUUCUACUGUUAUCAGGGCACUGCAUUGCCAUUGCAUUAGUGGAUAAGUCAAAGCUAAAUUCGUCUUGGAUGAAUGGUGUACAUGAUGUGCAACAGCUCAAUGAGGAUUCAGAUUACAUGGGGCAUUACGUCAUAAUCUGCGGGUAUGAUGCCGAUGAUUGUGAAUUUGAGAUAAGGGAUCCUGCCAGUUCCAGGAAGCGCGAAAGGGUGACAAUGAAGAGCUUAGACGAGGCCCGCAAGUCCUUUGGAACCGAUGAGGAUAUUCUCUUGGUCUCCUUAACCGGAAAGAGUGGGAUGAAGCUCACCCGUAAAUUCCUCGCCGGCUCCAUGUAAAUAGCUCACCGCGCCAGCCUCGCGCAACCUUGUGUAUACGCUGUACAUUUUCCCCUGUAGUUAUGAUUGUCGAUUGCCAGCCUUGUACGUAACCUUACUGCCGAUAGGAAGAGCUAGUCACCAAGCUGUAGCCACGAAGGGUUCAGCGGCAGCAAAAACUGCUGCUCUUGUGUAGCUGCAAAUGAUCAAUGAUGCAGCAGCAGCAGCAAACAGUUCUGCUGCUCCUAUAACAAAGAAAAGCUAUACGAUCAUAGCUGAACGUGUACAGAUCUGCUUGAAUGAAUUGUGAUCCUCUGCAACA